AUGGAGGCGGCCGAGGUGCAGGCGCCGGCCAAGGACCCAAACACAACCAGGGAAUAUUACGAAGAGGAGUUAGUGCAGCUGAAUAGACGAUUGGCCGAUGCCAGGACCGAGCACCACCAGGCAAGGGAUGCCCUAGAUGCGAGCGAGGCCGAAUACGUCGGUACUAAGGAACGACGUGAGAUGGUACUUGGCGAGAACGGCCGUCUGAUCGUAGAACGCCAGCAGUCCGUGGAUCGGCUGGUGGCCGAGAAACAGCGGCUGAUGACCGAGGUGAACAGCUAUUGGGCCGUCGUGAACGCACUGUACGAACGCAGGCAAGUCCAAUACGAACAGAUGUUAGCGCGCCUGAAGGAGGACACGGACUUUGUUAGAACUAAAUACGAGGCAGCUACUCAGAGGAUCGAGCAAAGGGCUACCAUGAUGGACAAGAUCACUCGGGUGUUAGAGAAUUCGAACGACCUCAAGCAAAAACAACAAGAAGGUAUGUACGCCAAUAGACAGAUAUUGACGUGCUCAAUGCACAAAUACACCGAGGAAUUAGAAAGAUAUAUCGGUAACUACUUUGAAACAGUUUUACUUAGCAGAUCUGAUAUACUCAAUCAACAGUUAAUGACAAACAUAAAAGAAUACUAUAAUAUCGUCAAGCAAUUCGAUGAAUAUAGAAGAAACUAUAUACCACCUAGGAAAAAUCAGGAGUUUAACAAAUUAUACCAACAAAAAAUCAAAACAAUUAUACAAUUAAGAACGCAGAAAAUGAUGGCCAAAGAGUUGAAAAAAGAAAAUUACGUGCCAGAGAAGACCAUAGAUCUUCAUCAAGAACAAAGCAAUAUUAAAAUUGAUGAGCAGAGAGAAAAUCCAAAGUAUGAACCACCGGCGGAGUUAGAACGCCUGAGAGACGUUAUUAAACUAAAAAGAAAACUUAUAGAAAAUACCACACAACAGAUCAUAACAGAAAAAGAAUCACGAGAAUGGAAAUGUAAUUAUUUAAAAGAAAUGUUUGACGAAAUUAGAACAAUUGUUGAUAAAGCAAAUCAAUACGUAACCGGUGAAAAACAACCAACAUCAUAUGACCAGACGAACUUAGAAUGGUUAUUAAACAGGGGCGCAGUCAGACAUUUUUCUACUUGCAAGACGGGAUACAUACAGACAUACGAUUAUGAUGUAGAAUUGAAUGUAAAUUUAUCAAGUACAGAAUGUAAAAAACAACUGACAGAUGUAAUUCAAUAA